AUGCUCGCGCCGCCAUCGCCGCUCAUCACGACCGAGCAGCGACGCCGCGCCCGCGAGCUCGAGCAGCGCCUGCGCGUGGCGGAGCAGGACAAGCACCUGCGCCUCGAGUGGGCGCGCGCGUUCCCGGAGGACGUCGCCGCCACGGAGGCAUUUUACGCGCAGAAGAAGGAGGCCAAGGCGAAGGCGGCGGCGAAGAAGAAGGCCGACCGCGACAGGCGCCGCGCUGAGUCGGCGGCGAGGAAGGCGGAGAGGGCGGAGAAGGCGGCGCGCAGGGCGAAGAGGGCGGAGGAGAAGAAGAGAGGCGCCGGACCGUCGAGGAACCUGCCGAGCUCCUCCUCCUCCUUCGAGUGGACGAGCACUCCCGUCUCCGACACGACUCCGACUAGCGGAUCGUCGGACUUCGACUGGGAGGACUCCGAGUAG